AUGAGUUCUUCGGUUGACCCAUGUUCAAGGGGUAUUAGAGAUAUUCUUUUCUGGUUUUGUUUAGUGAUUUUGAUUGGUUUCGCUCUGGCUUCUAAGACCAGGCAUUUCAAAUGGGAAGUGGAGUAUAUGCACUGGGCUCCGGAUUGCAUUGAUAAUGUGGUCAUGGGGAUCAACGGCCAGUUUCCGGGACCUACCAUUCGUGCCCGUGUCGGAGAUACCAUCGCCGUCGAACUCACCAACAAACUUCACACUGAAGGAGUUGUCAUUCACUGGCAUGGUAUCAGACAGUUUAGGACACCAUGGGCUGAUGGAACUGCAUCCAUCUCUCAGUGUGUUAUUAACCCUGGGGAAACAUUUGUCUACAGAUUCAAAGUUGACAAGGCGGGAACAUAUUUCUACCAUGGACACUAUGGGAUGCAAAGAUCAGCAGGGUUGUAUGGGUCUCUCAUAGUAGAUGUGGCCGAGGGAGAGAAAGAACCUUUCCAUUACCAGGGGGAGUUUAACCUAUUACUCAGUGAUUGGUGGCAUAAAAGCCCUCAUGAACAAGAGGUUGACCUCUCUUCCAAGCCUUUUCGCUGGAUUGGUGAACCACAGAGUCUGCUGAUCAACGGGAGAGGGCAGUACAACUGUUCCCUAGAUGCGCAUGUUAGCAACACUUCCUCAAGUCCAUGCAAGUUUAGAGGAAACGAGCAGUGCGCACCCCAAAUACUACAUGUGCAGCAAAACAAGACCUACAGGCUGAGGGUGGCCAGCACCACUUCAUUGGCUUCACUCAACUUGGCAAUUGGGGUAAGAAAACCAUAAGCUCACUUAUCUUUGAUUUAUUUUAAUGUUGAUGGAAUACAAUAUAGUAUAUUAGUGGGAUUGUGCCUUAUAUGUGCUGUGCUACUCUUGUCUCUUGCACCAUUAGUGGUCAUUAUUGGUUACUUCAUCCAUAAACAUAUCCAUCUUAUAGUUUAAUGUCAUUUGCCUAUCACGCAGCUCCCAAUGAUCUACCAGACAUGUAUACAUACAAAUAUAUGUAUUUGAAUACCUCUCCAUGCGUGUAUGUAUAAUAUAUAUAUAUAUAUAUAUAUAUAUAUAGAGAGAGAGAGAGAGAGGGGAAGGGAUUGA